AUGACCGUGCGAGACGGUCGUCCUGUCGACAACGACGACAGCACAGCCGACCACGGCACCCGGCUUCUCGACGACACAGGCGCGCCGCACGCAUACGGCGCCGUUCUGGCCUCCGACAGCCAAGACACCGGCUCGACUAGCGCUCCGCGACCGACCCGCCCAGACGAGGAGGAGCUGGCUCGGGAAGCGCUGGACGACACAGACAUGUCUCGACCGACGCGGCACCUCGCGAUCGCCUAUGCCGGGCUGCUGCUGCUGGCAUUCACGACGUCGCUCGAGGGCCAGGUGACGGCGCCGUUGGCGGCGUUUGCCGUCAGCUCGUUCAACAAUCACUCGCUGCUGUCGACGGUGUACGUGGUGCAGGGCGUAGUCAAUGCCGUGAUCAAACCGCCAAUGGCCAAGAUGGCCGACGUGUUCGGCCGCCUCGAGGCAUUUACGGUCGCCAUACUGUUCUGCGUUGCCGGUUACGUGCAGAUGGCGUCGUCGCACAGCAUCCGCACGUUCUCGGCCGCCCAGAUUCUCUACUCGGCCGGCAUCACCGGUCUGCAGGUGCUGCAGCAGAUCCUCGUUGCCGACACGAGCGACCUGCGUCACCGCGCCCUGCUGUCCAGCCUGCCCGACACGCCCUUCCUAGUAACGGUCUGGAUCGGCCCCAGCAUCGCGGCAGCCGUGCUAGCAACGACGUCCUGGCGCUGGGGCUAUGCCAUGUGGGCCAUUCUGCUGCCACUGGCCUUUUGUCCGCUGGCUGGCUCGCUCGCCCUCAACGCUUACCAGACGCACCGCAGCCACCGCCAAGGCCGACUUGCGCGCGGCUGUCUCGGCCUGACGGCCGUCUCCGGACCUGCAACCUCGUCUCCGACCGGUUCAGCCGUCUCGACCAACUGGACCACCUCCAAGGCAUCAUCGGCCUUGCGGCGCCUCCUUACCGAUCUCGACGCCGUCGGGAUCCUGCUGCUAAGCGCCGCCCUGUCACUCAUCCUGUUGCCGCUGACACUGUCGCGCUCUCUGGCUGGCGGCUGGUCCAACCCGCUGCUCGGCCUCAGCGUCAUCGCUGGCCUGCUGCUGCUCAUCUUCGCCUUUCCGGCCUGGGAGGCUCGCCCGCAUCUGGCACCACAUCCGCUCAUCCCGCUGGCUCUGUUGCGCAACGUCACUUUCUGCGCUGGCUGUGGCGUCGGCCUCUUCUUCUUCGCCGUCUUCUACCUCUCGGUGCAGCCAUACUUUUACUCGUACCUACUCGUCGCUCAUAACCAAGAAAUCGCCACCGCCGGUCGCAUCACCCAGAUCUUCUCCUUCACCUCCACCAUCUGCGCCGUCUCUGCCUCCAUCGCUAUCCGCCAUGUCCGCCGCUACAAGCCGUUUGUCGUCGCCGGCGCCACCGUCUACCUCGUCGGCGUCGCCUGCAUGCUGCGUCACCGCACUGCCGAUGCCGGCACCAUACGCCUCGUCGCCACUCAGAUCGCCGUCGGCUCUGGUGCCGGCCUCAUGAGCGUGCCCACACAGAUUGGCAUCCAGGCCAGCGUCGCCCACAUGCCUCACCUCGUCUCUGCCGCCACUGCCGUUUAUUUGACCAUGGGUGAGGUCGGCAUCGCCAUCGGCUCUGCCAUCUCCGGUGCCAUAUGGGGCCGCCUCGUCCCUGCCAAGCUCGAGCUGUAUCUGCCGUCGGCUGACCGCCAGAACGCCAGCGCCAUCUACUCCAGCGUCUCUGUCGCCCUGUCCUACCCCUGGGGUAGCCCCACGCGCGACGCCAUCAUCCGUGCCUACCAGGAGUCCAUGACCGCCCUGUUGUACGUCGCUGUCGGCUUUUGUGUGCCCGUCCUGCUUCUGGCCUUGCUGAUGCGCGACUACCGUCUGGACGGAGGAAACGAGGCCGCCGGCAGCAGCAGCGAUGCCGGCGAUGAUGCUGUCGAGGCCGAGCCGCUCACACCUGUGGCUGUGAGUGCGGGUGCUCAUGGCGGCUCCUUCGCCACUGCCGACGAGCGGGUCAACCUGCUUUCGGAAGAAGCCGUGAACGAAGUUGAGGACGAGUAG